AGCGUUUCUCAGUCGGCUGCGAGUCUGUCCAUCUCAUUCCUCCGUCUCGUUCCAUCCCAGCGACAAUAAUAAAGGAAUUAAUCUAUUAUCUGACCGGAAGUCCAACUGCUUCGACUGCGGCGUCAUUUGAUGAGGAGAGGAGAGAUUAAUUAAGCAAACGUCAAUUUGUGCAUUUACGUUAGAGCGUGGUCCGUCCGAGUCACGGACUGCUCUCCUCUCUUCUUCUCGCACUCCUCGGCGGUAGAGCGGCCUUUCGAAUCUCCCGCGUUAAUUAUCCAAUAUAUGAAUACAUAUAUUAAUGACGCAAAGGCCACUGUGAUAAGACCAAUAUCGGUAUCUUCUUCUUCCUCUGGCUAGAAGUGUGUGUGUUGAAUCCAUGCGGCAAAGUGGAAUAAAUUAUACGGUUCCCCGUUGAGAUGGCCGCCAUUUUACUCUUACAAUUAGUGUGCGUCGUCCUGCUAACCCCAAAGGUUUACACGAUAGAGAACACCGGAUUGAGUCCGUACAAGGAGCCGACCCGGGAUGUCAUCGUCAUGUCGGAGAAUCUCACGGAAAUACCGAUGGGCAAUGCGGAAGUGGAGUUCCUGAACGCCGCCUACAAUCAGAUCUCCGACCUCCCGGACAGUGUUUUCGUCAACAAGAGCUACCGUAUCGUACAGAAGCUGUACCUCCAGCGCAACAGAAUCUCGCGUAUCAACGUGAACGCCUUCAGAGGCCUCAAGCAGCUCAAGAUCCUCGACCUCUCCGACAACGAUCUGUCCACCCUGGAUCCGUACACCUUCAAAUCGAACAGCAAUCUGGAGAAGCUGGUCCUAAUGAACAACCGCAUCACCUUCGACCGUUUGCAGACGUUCCUAAUCUCGCACUCGGUGGAGUCCUUAGUGUUGUCCAACAACCAGAUAACCGAGAUCUACGGACUCACCUUCCUGGGUGUACCCAAUCUGAAGAGACUUAUCUUGAGCGACAACGAACUCGUAUCUUUAGCACCGAUUAGCUUCAAGAGUCUGGGGAAGCUGCACUAUCUGUCAUUGGCAAACACAGGUGUGCACAGUCUAACACAAUCGAUGUUCCUGAAACUUCCCAGGAUUAUUAAUCUGGAAAACACGCCACUGGCGAAACGCUUCGAACCACCCUUAACACAAGUCACCAACGAGGAAGGCAUCGUUGCCCUGCUUCAAUUGCACGAGUUCGUAUAUUAAGCAUAAACUUAGCAUUGUAGUAUUUUAUAAGUUAAUGAAGUUUCUAAUUUUUCAGAAACUGUUAUUUAUGUAUAUUAUUUUAUUUGAAAUUAGUUUAAGCUAGGCGAAACGAGAGCUGCUGCAUCUAUAACAACAGCAACAAACAAAAAAAAUGCGCACAGACAGAAACAUUUUCUAUUUGGUAAUCCUAGUUAGGAAUCGGGCCAAUUUUUUAAAUGUAUUAUUAAAGGUAAUUUUUGUACAAAAUAAUUUUAGUUUUAAGAAUGUGAUACUACAUUAAACGCGGAUUAAUGUGACUUUCGGCUAAUAUAUAUUUAUUAUGAAAAUCGCGUCUUUUCUAUUUUUAACGCGACGCCUGUUUUCGCAUGCAAACAGUCCACAUCCUCUUUGAAAAACCGCAGGUGAAUAUUAAAAUUUAUCUUUCGCUUCGCACACGAUUACAAUAUAUUUCCUGUUUUCAUAGACGACGCGCACACACACACAACAGACAUGUCUAAAUUGAUAUAAUACUUGUAUAUAACGCAACUAGUCUUUAUACUCUAAUUUAGCAACCAUUUAUUUUAUUUUAGCAAUUA